AUUAACUGGAGUUUUGUCGAUUUUUUGGUGUUUAAAGCUUUUAGAUUGUUGAAUCAAGGUUAAGAUAAACAAGAAGCAUAAUUGUUAAAACCAUACGUAAUGAUGAACUGGACCUAUAACCAUAUUUAGAUAGAUGAUCCCCUGACUUCCGAAAUCUUAAUAAUCCCUGAAUCACAUGACGAUCAACGCCGGCCUAUAUAUAUAUCACCUCUCUAGAGCCGAUGGUGAAAAGUGCCAAACUCCUCAUCUGAGUGUAUUUAUCCUGUUACAUUUCCUCUUUUCAUUCUUUCUAAGUAAUGAAGCCAUAGAAAUGAUAGCAAAUAGUUUUGUGAGGGUUUUCUUCUGUUGUAUUCCAUGUGUUUUAUGCAUACUGGACUCAAGGGAUUUCCCAUCGAGUUUUUGGUCCCCCGAACAAGGGUACUGUAAGGACACGUACAGGUGUGGGGGUCAUUCCUCCUCCCUAACCCCGGAAAAUUGUCAGUGCGAUUCCAACUGCCCUGUGUAUGGGGACUGUUGUCCAGGAGUGAAAAUAAUUAAUCGAACCGAGGACAAGGACUUUCCAAAUAUUUCAUGUGAAUAUAGGAAGGACAUAGAUUCCGACAACUUUAUAUACAUUGUGAACACCUGUCCUGAAGGUGGCGAUACUUUCCUUAAAAGUAAAUGUGAAAACGCAAACGGCACUGAUGUUUUUGGAAAAAUUCCGGCGAGUGGGCUAAUUUCUGGGUUGUUGUAUAGAAAUAUGUAUUGUGCUCGAUGUAAUUUAGACAACUAUAUCUUAUGGAAUCCUGGAAUUCAGUGUAAAUGGAAAUUAUCUGUACCAAAUAAUUUAUCUGUUUCUUUAUUACUGAACGAUACCGAUUGUGAAAUGACCUUUUCUCCUCCAGAAACAAACCUUACUCAAAGGACUUGUUUUCCCGCAAUCAGUGUGACAAUAUGCCCCAACGAAACACUGAUGACGUCAUGUAUCUCAGGACCCUAUAUUCCUGUAUUCGGAACAAAAAUAGCAUUCCGGAACACGGACUGUGCAAGAUGUCAGAAUUAUCCAGAAUCUAAUCUUACGUGCAGUAUGAAAUCAUCUCAGCUAAUUCCGAACAAAACGAAAAGGAAAUUUUAUAAUUAUAGUUACCGGGUUCUGUUUGAUUUAAAUUUGAGGAAAAAGAAAGCGGAGACCCGUUAUCGAUCAUUGGUUAUAAACGAUUCCUCAGAUUCCCUACCAUCAGUAUGCGACACGGGCCACCUGCUAGACCCAUUUACCGACCAAUGUCACGAGAUAGUUUGCGUUCCUCCUUUUGUAUAUCUAAAUGGUAAAUGUUUAUUGAGAGAACGGAUAGCCAAUGACCCUAACAUCACCUCAUCCCCGUGUGCCUCCCGCUUGUUUCGCCAGAAUGAGUUCAAAAAGAUAAACUCCUCUACAAUCUUCUUACUUUUUCUAAAUAAAACGACUCAAGAAUUCACCUUGUCGGAGAACGGAACCGCGGUGUACGUUUGUAUAAACGAAAUCCAGAUUGAUAAAUCUAUACUUUAUACAAAGCUGACAGCCGAUUUUUCACGGGAGGAAGGACUUUUAUCCUUCAUCGGCGGACUGCUUUCAAUAACCAGUCUCUUUUUGUGCUUGUGUGUUUAUACCUGUUCGUCCAAGUUACACAAUGUGCCCGGGAAAAACCUCAUGUGUCUAAUGGCGUCCCUGUUCUUUGCACAAUUGUUAUUUUUGGUGGCGCCAUUUGUUUUUCAGAUGAAAAUCCAAAGUUUAUGCAAAGCGCUAUCAAUUUUUACACAUUUUGCAUUUUUAGCGGCAUUUUUCUGGAUGAAUGUAAUGUCAUUUGACAUAUUUUUCACCUUUUCAAAAGGAUUUGUAAAUUCCGGUAAUAAGGGAAGUUCCUCGCGGCGUUUCCGGUUUUACUCGCUGUAUGCCUGGUCGGGGGCUCUUGUUCUUGUGGGGUCUGCAUCCCUUACUGAUCAAGUUUCAGAAUUUGCCUUCAGGCCUGAGUAUGGCGUUGGAUUUUGCUGGAUUUCAAACAGCAAAGGUUUACUACUGUUUUUCUUGAUACCAAUUGCUAUAUUGCUGUUAUCAAACUUCGUAUUUUUCGUUAUAUCAGCCAUUAGCAUACAUACAUCAUCCAGAAAAACGUCCCGAGUGCUUAAGAGAAAAGACACAUGUAAAUUGUUGAUUUACAUAAAACUCUCUGUAGUGAUGGGACUCACCUGGUGUUUCGGCUUUGCGGCAGCAGUCACCAAUGAUCACGUGAUCUGGUAUCUGUUUCUCUUGUUCAACACUUUACAAGGUUUCUUCAUCACAGUGUUUUUUGUAUGCACGAAGAAAGUUUUUCGAAUCGUACGCGAUGGAGCUACUUCGAUCUAUUCCAGCACUAGGUCCUUUAAUUUGACAAGGUCCACAAAUUCACGAUCUGAAAGUGAGGAAGGUCUAAAGCACGUGUCCAGGAAACGAUAAGUGCAGAGACUGGAAAAACAACAUGGACCGUCAUGUUACUGCACUCACAUGUAGACGUACCAUGUGGGGUUUGGUACUAUUUUACGUGGGGUGGUAUAGUGAACAAAAAUUUGUUUUUUUAAUAUAAAAGUUUUAAAUGCAUGUAUAUGUACUAGUAUAAUGUUGCAGCCAGAGAAAAAGGUUGUGAAUCGUGUUUAGGAACAUUUUAUUGUCUAAAAGUUUACGUUUGUUUGAUAAAAUCAUUAAAUUGAGAAAAUUU